CCUAUCCCAAAUUCGAGGCUCUUAAACCUGAACCCAAGUCAUGCAGUAAAAAUCAAGAGUUAGCUGGUUCUCUCAUGCAUCGCGCCGUCCUGGACACUGAGGGCAAAUACGUCAUGCUGUGGACUCCAGGGGAAGAGGAUAUUACUUUCGAGAUCCAAGUGGCGACGAAGGGGUACGUGGGCCUCGGGUUCUCCCCCAACGGCGGGAUGGCGGGCUCAGACAUAGUGCUCGGCUGGGUCACGGAUGGCGGAGAGGUCAUGGUGCAGGAUAGCUACGCCACGGGUUACAGCCAACCCUUGAAGGAUGAUCAGCAGGACGUGGAGCUUCUGGGAGGAUAUCAGAAUGACACCCAUACUGUACUGAGGUUCUCCAGGCCUUGGUCCACGUGCGACGAACAAGAUUUCGAAUUAUCAAGCGACACCGUGCGAGUGAUCUGGGCCAUCGGAAGCGAAGACCCGGCCGGCGACCUGAUGAGGAGACACGACCACCGCGGCACAAAGAGCCUCACCCUAAAAGGACCUCAAUUCACCCUUCCCAAAUUCAGUGAAGACGUAAAACAUUGGGAUGUUUUAUCUCCAAAUGUGACUAUUCCAAACAACCUCACGACGCUGUACUGGUGCAAACUUUUCAAGAUUCCACCCAUCACACGCAAGACGCAUGUCAUUGGGUACGUGCCAAUAGUUCAGGAAGGGAAUCACCAGCAUGUGCACCACAUUUUGUUCUACGAAUGUCACCUUGAGGACAGUGCUCGUCACUACGAAAAGUGGCUGGAUGUGCAAGGUGCCCAGUGCUAUGGUGCCAACAUGCCCAUCUCUUGGAAAAAGUGCACGAGCCCUCUUGUGGCCUGGGCCAUCGGCGGCGAAGGGGAAGUCCUGCCUGAUAAUGCUGGUUUCCCAAUUGGCGAGGAACAUGGCGGUGCCACAUACUUCAUGAUGGAAAUACACUAUGACAAUCCAGAUCUCAAAGAAGGUGUAGUCGAUGCUUCAGGAAUAAGGAUCUUCCACACGGAGAACUUGCGUGAGCAUGAUGCUGGGGUAAUGAUGGUAGGGCAUGUUGUGACCCCAAUCCAAAUCGUCCCUCCCAAUGAGAAGUGGGUCUCGGUUGGUCACUGUGACUCCAGUUGCACAAAUAAGGAACUGCCUGGCAGCGGGGUUCAAGUUUUCCAAGGAUUACUUCAUGCACACUUGCUUGGGAGAAAACUCCUUUUGAGGCAAAUUCGUGAUGGAAAGGAGCUGCCCAUUCAACUGAAAGAUGAAAAUUAUGACUUCAACUACCAGCAGACCCGAAUAUUUAAGGAUGAAAUGACAAUCCUUCCUGGAGACUCCUUAAUCACCGAGUGUUAUUAUGAUGCUUCGAAGAGAAAUACUCCCAGUUUUGGCGGGUUUGGAACAGAGGAGGAGAUGUGCCUCGCCUUCCUGAGCUAUUAUCCCCGUGUUAACCUCUCAAUAUGCGCCUCACAACCUCAUAUUGAUGAAAUUCUAGAUGGCAUAGAUGUGGAGGAAGUUAAAAACAAAGAUCGGAUUCUAAGCGUACUGCUAGAACGAGGGGAUGAAAUAGACCAUGCAGAAGAGGCAAAACUUGCCGAUGCCAUGAAAGCAGAUGGCUAUAAACCCACAACGAAGAAAAUUGAUAUGUCUCAGCUUUUCCAAAUAUUGACUGUCAAAUCUCCUGAAAAAUAUGCCAACAAGACUCUGUAUGAAGUCCUCCACGACAGAAACACGUGGCAAGAGGGGGUCGUGAACCAUCUGCAGAGGGAGGUCGAACGCGGGGAGCACCUCGCUUUCUGUUUACCGAGGAAUGUCAAUAUGAACAGCAUGAAACCCCAGGAAAUGACCUAUCCCAAAUUUGAGGCUCUUAAACCUGAACCCAAGUCAUGCAGUAAAAAUCAAGGCGGCCCCCCAGGCGCGUCGGGUCGCCCAGGCGCGUCGGGUCCCCCAGGCGCGUCGGGUCCCCCAGGCGCGUCGGGCUCCCUCCCGGCCGAGGAGCUCAGGCACCGGGUGGUCUUGGACCCGGAUGAGGCCUACGUCAUGCUGUGGGAAGUGAAGGACCAGGAGAUCCUUUUCGAAGUUCAGGUGAGGACGCAGGGCUACGUGGGCCUCGGCUUCUCCCCCAACGGCGGCAUGAAGGGCGCCGACGUCGUGCUCGGCUGGGUCGCAGAUGAUGGGAAGGUCAUGCUGCAAGACCGCUUUGCCACCGACUACACCACGCCCAAGAUAGACAAGUCACAGGACGUGGAGCUUUUGGGAGGAUACCAAAACGAUACCCACACUGUGCUGCGGUUCUCGAGGCCCUUGGAGACUUGCGACGAAGAGGACCGGAAGCUCACGGGCGACACCGUCCGGGUAAUCUGGGCGUACGGGCGCGAGGACCCGGACAAGGAAGGCCCGAUAAGGAUGCACGACGAGCGAGGGACGAAGAGCCUGUACCUGAUGGAGCCGCGGGUCGUCCUGCCGGCCAUGGGCGAGGACGUGCGCGCCUGGGAAAUCAUGUCUCCGAAUGUGACGUUACCGGACGAUCUUUCAACACUGUACUGGUGCAAGAUGUACAAAAUCCCACCUUUGGACCGGAAGAACCAUGCUAUUGGGUACGUCCCAGUCAUCCAGAAGGGCAACGAGAGGCAUGUGCACCACAUGCUGCUGUAUGAGUGCCACAUCAAAGACAGCGAGCGCCAUUUCGAGAAGUGGCUGAACGUGGACGGCGCCCAGUGCUACGGCCCCAACAUGCCCGUGUCUUGGCUGAGGUGCAAUGCGCCCAUCAUUGCAUGGGCAGUGGGCUCUGAAGGAGAGAUGUUUCCCGAGCACGCCGGGUUCCCGCUGGGCGAGCAGCACGGGGGAGCCACGUACCUCAUGAUGGAGAUCCAUUAUGAUAAUCCCACGCUGAAAAAAGGCGUCGUGGACGGCUCCGGCCUCAGGGUCUUCCACACGGAGCAGACCCGCGAGCACGACGCUGGCAUCCUGGUGCUGGGCCACAUGGUGUCCCACCUGGAGGUCAUUCCCCCGGGCAUGAACUGGCUCACCGUCGGCCACUGCAGCGCCGACUGCUUGGCGGACCGACUGCCGGCCGAGGGCGUGCGGGUGUUCCAGGGCGUCCUUCACGCCCAUCUCCUGGGCCGCGAGAUCCACCUGAGGCACCUCCGCGACGGACAAGAACUGCCGCCCGUGUUCGCAGACAAUAAUUAUGACUUCAACUACCAGCAAGCACGAGUCCUCCAGGACGAAAUGCCGAUCCUUCCCGGGGAUUCCUUCAUCACGGAGUGCCGCUACGAUUCCAGGAAGAUCAGCCGCCCGACCUUCGGCGGCUUCGGCACUGAGGAGGAGAUGUGCCUGGCCUUCCUCUCCUACUACCCGCGAGUCAACGUGUCGUCCUGCCUCUCCACUCCGAGCCUGGAGACUCUUCUGGCCACGGUCGGCGUCCAGGACAUCCGCAACAGGGACGCCGUUCUGAACAAUCCUACUAGCGAAUGGGAAAUGAAAGGGACAUCGGAAUUACCAGAGGAAGUCGACAACGCCCUGCACGAGGAGCUGACGGAGGGCGAGGGGCGGACUCUCACGCCCGUGGAGUUCGCGCAGCUUUACCGGAGGGUCGUCGCGACGUCGCCAGAGAAAUACGCCAACGUGUCUCUCUACGACAUCCUCAAUGACGAAGCCACUUGGGAGGACUUCGAGAUGGUGACGCGGCUGCAGGACGAGGUUGUCUACAGCAACCACGUCCUGGUCUGCGGCGAGUUGGAUGGGCGGGACAGGGAGAAAAUGUCUGAAGGCUACCCCGAUUUCGUCCCAUACCGGGCGGAGGACACGACCUGCGGGAGCAAGAACCAGGGCCCGCCCACCAAAGGGCGCCCAUUCCAGCCUCACGGCAACAAGAUCAACUUGUGGAAGAUGUUGUGCCCUUCGGAUCUGCGGAUCUGCAAGACCCCCCGAAGGCCUCUCGGCGUCCUCGGGAACAGACCCAUCUUCUUCUGAGCAGAGAGAGAGAUAGAGAACACAUUCUUUGAACAAGAAUGCUAACACAGCAAAUUGUGCGCACCAAUGAAAUGGAACGCAGCCACAUAAAGAAUACUAUAUUAUGGUGUUUCGAAUCAGUUCUUUGUGCCCUAUAUGUUAUUUGAAGCUGUAGGUGAAUUGGUAUUUUCUUUCUUGGUAUUCUUUCUCUCAUUGCUUGAAAUAUAUAUUAACGAAUUUGUCGACAUCAGUUCAGAAAAUGAAUUAUUUUCAAACUUGUAAAAUGUCAUGAAUAAAUGUGCACGAAAUAAAUUGGGUGAAGCAAAAUA